AUGGACCGAGUGACCAGAUACCCCAUCUUCAGCAUCCCCCGCUCGCCCCGCAUCUCCGGCCUGGCACUCGAUGGGGAUACCAGCUACACCUUCCAGCUGGUGGGCGUGGGGCCCGAGGGCUGGGGCCAGGACGAGCCGCAGGCAUGGCCCACUGACCGCGAGGACCGGCUGAACGUGGUGAGGACAGGGCCAUGGGCCUUCUCCAGUGAGCUGUCCCCACGGCCACUCCACCCUGACGACGAUGACAGUGAGGAGAUGAAGGCCUACCGCCUGGACGCCGGGGUUGCCCUCCCCAGGAGGCCUAGGGACCUGGAGCGGGAGCACUGUGCAGUCAUCCAGGGCCAGACAGUGAGGAAGAGCGGCACGGUGGCCACACUCCGGGGCACCCCUGAGCACGGGGACCCUAAGACCCGCAGCCAGGACCCUAGGACCCCUCGGUCCACACCCCUGGAGGAUAACAUGGUGGACAGGGAGCAGAUAGACUUUCUGGCAGCCAGGCAGCAGUUCCUGAGCCUGGAGCAGGCCAACACAGGGGCGCCGCAGAGCCCCCUGGCCAGGGUGGCCCCCGCCUGUGCCCCGCCAGGGGUCAGCCAGGCCCCCGAGGCCUUGAAUUGGCCCCAACUAACCAAUGGGUAUGUUGUCUCCCACAAGCCCCAGGUGAAGGAGGUGGUCUGGGAAGAGAAGAUGGUCCGUGGUUUGCCCACUGGGCCUAGUGUCCGAGCCGUGGACUACUCUGGCUCCUGGUCCCAAGUGGAGUCACUGGAGUCCCCCAUGGAGACACCCAUUGAGCGGGAGAUCCGACUGGCCCAGGAGCGUGAGGCGGAUCUGCGGAAACAGAGGGGGCUUCGGCAGGCGUCCGGCCACCAGGAGCUGGUGGAGAUCCCCACCAGGCCGCUGCUGACCAAGGUGAGCCUGGCCACAGCCCCGCGAGGGGACAGGGGCCGCCCGUCACUCUACGUGCAGAGGGACAUUGUACAGGAGACACAGCGUGAGGAAGACCACCGGCGGAAGGGCGUCCAGGUGAGCUGGGCAGCCACACCUGACUGCGUCUCCAAGGACCCCCCGCCUGGACUCAGGAGAGCCCUCAGCUCAGACUCCAUCCUCAGCCCGGCCCCGGACGCCCGUGCAGCCAGCCCAGCUCCAGAGGUGAGGAAGGUGAACCGCAUCCCGCCUGAAGCCUACCAGCCGUACCUGAACCCCGGGACCCCCAGGCUAGAAUUCCCAGCCUUCGGAGCGUACAGCAAGUCGAAUGGUCUCUCCACAGAGGAGGCCAAGGUUAUGGCUUCUCCAAAGGCCAUAGGGUCUCCGAGGCAUCUCUUAGAAUCCUCUGGAAAACCCUUGAGCACAAAGCAAGAGUACUUGAAGCCCCCUGGGGAACCCCUGCAAGCCAACGAGGGUAUCGUGCAAUGGGAAAACUUCCGCCUGCGUCCCCUGAAGUUUGGGGUCCCUGAUGUGCCCCAGCAGGCUGAGGCCUCCCACGUUCAGGGCUGGGACGUGGCCGGGGCCCCAGUGGUGAGGCCGCAAAGGUCCCUGUCAUCGGAUCUGCUGGAAAGGGAAGUGGAGAGCGUCCUACGCCGGGAGCGAGAAGUGGCAGAGGAGCGGAGGAACGCUCUCUAUCCCAAGGUCACCUCCCCACCACCCGAGAAUGGCCCUGACCACAACUCCAGGCACUCCUCCCAGGCAUCCGGCAUCAUGGGCAGCUAUUCGGUGUCCGAGUCACCUGUGUUCACCCCCGUCCACCUGCACUCGGGCCUGGUGUGGACAGCGGAGGAGCCAGCGGACAGGGCUCCCAGGCAGAGAAAGAGGAAGGACCUGUGGUAUGCCGGCAUCAGCCCCACGGAUGGCAUCAACUCAGAGAUCCUAGAAGCCACAAGGGUGACUCGCCACAAGAACGCCAUGGCAGAACGCUGGGAAUCCGGCAUCUAUACCAGUGAGGACGAGAACUGA